AACAUAACUUCUUAUGAGAUCUUUCAAAUGGAUUUUGAAAUUGACAACAGCAGCGAGUUGGCUGGAGCCCAACAAAUCACCUGGCAGGUCGAGUACCCUCGAGACGAGGCCGCGAGCGAGCUGGUGGUCUCCGAGAUCUUUGUCAGCCAAUCCCUGUUCGUGGGAAUUGUUCCACUCGCGAUGGAUACCGAGAUCCUCAACACAGCCAUUCUGACGGGCAAGCCAGUGUCUAUCCCUGUGAAAGUGGUUGCUGUUGAAGAAGAUGGAUCCAUCAGAGACAUCUCCAGCUCUGCUGAAUGCAGAUCAGCUGAUGAAGAUGUCCUCAAGGUCUCGGACAACUGCGAUGCCAUCUUUGUGAAUGGGAAGGAAAUGAAAAGCAAAGUGGACGCCCUGGUGAACUUCACCUACCAGCAUUUUACCACUCAGCUAGAAGUCCCUGUCUGGGUCCCACGGCUCCCGUUGCAAAUUGAGAUCUCCGAUACCGAGCUGAGCCAGAUUAAAGGUUGGAGAAUUCCCGUCACCUCCAACAAAAGGCCCACCCGUGACAGCGACGAGGACGAGGAUGACGAGAAGAAGGGCAAAGGCUGCACCCUCCAGUACCAGCACGCCAUGGUGCGUGUCCUGACCCAGUUUGUGGCAGAAUCACCUGACCUUGGAGGACAGCUGACCUACAUGCUUAGCUCCGAAUGGCAGUUUGACAUCACAGACCUGGUAACCGACUUCAUGAAGGUGGAAGAGUCCAAAGUGGCCAAGCUACAAGGGGGCCGAGUUUUGAUCGGCCGCGAGCAAGGGAUCACGACUGUCCAGGUCCUUUCUCCCCUGUCCGAUUCCAUUCUGGCUGAGAAGACGGUGAUUGUACUGGAGGACAGAGUGACCAUCACGGACCUUGGAGUACAGCUGGUGGCGGGCCUGUCCUUGUCUCUCCAGACAAAUAAAGGGAAUAAGAGACUGAUGGUUGCAACAGCCUCUGCUUCGGAUAUUCUUCAUGCAGCUAAACAGGAAGCGGUGCUUAGCACUUGGCUUUUAUUUAGCGAUGGAACCGUGACCCCUUUAGAUAUCUACGACCCCAAGGAUUUCUCCUUGGUGGUCACCUCGCUGGAUGAAAUGGUGGUGUCUGUCCAUCAAAGGCAGGAAGAUGACUGGCCAGUAGUGGUGGCCGAAGGUGAAGGCCAAGGACCGUUGAUUAAAAUAGAACUGGUGAUCAGCGAGGCCUGCCAGAAGUCCAAGCGCAAGAGUAAUUUGGCCGUUGGGAAAGGGAACGUCAAGGUGAAAUUUGCUCCAAAGACAUCUGAACGCAAUGAAGAGACCAAGAAUGGCAAAGAUGCAGAGGGUGGUUUUAAAAGCAACUCGUUAGAAAAUCCCCUGGAAGGAGAGAGAGCAGGGCAGGACUGGUCCAAACACGAUGCUUCUAUGAAUCAGGAUGAGUUGACCAACUCAAACGCAAGCUCUCCCAUUAAUUCUCACAGAGAGGAACAUCUUCGAAACAAUUCUCUUACCUCUACGAGCUUUCCCACCCAAGAGGCUGUCCCAAGGCAGAAUAGCCCCAGUGAUCUCACCCUGGCUUCUAGAGGUUUAACCGAUCUGGAGAUUGGGAUGUACGCUCUUCUCUGUGUCUUCUGCUUAGCCAUCCUGGUCUUCUUAAUCAACUGCGUGGCGUUUGCCUGGAAGUACCGUCACAAAAGAUUCACCAUCAGUGAGCAAGGGAACCUCCCCCAUUCCCAUGACUGGGUGUGGCUGGGCAACGAGGUCGAGCUGUUGGAGAGUCCCGUGGACAUUUCUCUCCCAUCGGACGAAUGCACCACCAUCAUUGACCGCGGGAUACUUUUUGAAGAAAGCAACUUCCUCCUCAACGGAAGUUCUCAGAAGAGCUUCCACAACCAGAUCCUUCGGUCUUCUGAAUACGAUUGUGACAAGGACUUCAGAAACGAACCUAUAAACCCUCCCGGGCCCAAGCGGAAGAGGGUUAAAUUCACCUCCUACACCACCAUUCUGCCGGAGGAUGGUGGCCCCUACACCAACUCCAUUCUCUUUGACGGUGAUGAUGACAUCAAAUGGGUCUGCCAAGAUAUGAACUUAGGUGAUUCCCAGGAAUUUAGAGACUAUAUGGAAAGACUUCAGGACCAUAUGUAA